UCUACAGCAAUGUGGAAGAAGCACCCAAAAUGCAUCUUGUUCAUGCAUACGCAGAAUGAAGAGUUGGAGGCUCUGUUUAGCCACACCAUGUUUCCAGAUAAAAAUCUCCAGAAGGAACUUGCUUUGAAACUCAACCUACCAGAGUCAACAAUAAAGAUCUACCAAUCUCCCCUCUUUUCCCAGACUUGGUUCAGGAACCAGCGAGUCAAAUUGCGGAAGCAGCAGAAGCAGCGGCAGCAGCAGUGGCAGCAGCAGCGGCAACAGCUAUCACUGAAGCAACCAAACCAGAUUCUUCCAGCCCAGAAUGUGCCCAUCUCACCCACAAUAUCAACCAGUCUAUAUUCUUUUUUCCCUAUAGUUUCAGAUUUCUAUAGCUCCCUUCCACCUCAGCCCUUAGGCCCUCCCAACUGGGCGUGGGACUCUAUCACUACUGAGAGUCCCACAAGUGAUGUCCAAAUGCAAGGUCCUCAGCUGGAGAGGCUAGUGGCCUCAGUUCCUACUUUGUAUUCUGAUGCCUAUGACAUAACCCAAAUCAUGGAACGGUACAGUUUACCUGAUGAGGAUGAGGUAUCCCACUCUUUCUACAGUCUAUAUCAGUAUCUCUCACCCACAGCACAGCUAAAAGAACAAGGUUCUUUUAGCAUCUUUGCUAGUCCAACUAUAGGUCGAUCUCCUGGUAAAUCUCAUCGUAUGACAAGCUGAGGCCUUGCAGCCUAUAGUCUAAGAGACAGCCUGGAAUUCCAGAACCUCUCCAAUAUGAUGGGCUUUGGAUUCCCCUGA